UUUUUUUUUCCGAAAAGAGAUUUGAAGAUGUCUGCCCAGAACUCCGCAGGUAUCCAGACCUUGCUUGACGCAGAAAGAGAGGCACAGAAAAUCGUACAGAACGACCGUACAAAGCGGAUAAAGGACGCCCGAACCGAAGCUCAAAAUGAAAUCGAAGAAUACCGACAAAAAAAGGAAGAGGAGUUCAAAAAAUUUGAGGCUGAGCACUCGAGUGGCAACAAGGUAGCCGAAGACGAAGCCAACAAAGAAGCUGAGGUGAAAGUCCAAGAGAUAAAAAAUAUUGGCAAGAAAAAGGGCGGCCAAGUCAUUGGGGAUCUCAUUCACGCUGUUACCGACGUUAAUCCGCAAGUGCCACAAAAGCUUGCGGGGAAUUCCUGAAUUAUUUACUUGAUAACGAGCACGUUUGGAGAGGGAUUGAAUGUAUGAGCAGCAUGGGAAAUGCUAAUUGGACCAGGGCGUAAUGAUUUUUCUUCUUCUGUUUAUGUUGCUUUCUGUUUCCUUUUCUCUUUCCUUUUUAUGAAUGAUCCGUGAAAGGAAUACACCCUUUUCCUGGGAAGGUGGUAUUGUCCAAUGUUUUAUCAUAGAUAUUAAUAAUAUCACUUCAUUGAAC